GCGCCCCGAACUUGCUUCGGACACUGACAUCGACCUGGAGACCGACCAUGAAGCGUGCCAGGCGAAGGAUAGACUCGGAGGAACCUCCCAAGAAGAAGCAGAAAACCUAUUCCCGGGCGGGGUCAAACGGCAAGGAUGCGGGCCAACGCACCACAGACAAUCCGUUCCGCGAAGCUCUGCGACGGAGUGUAACCGACGUGUGCGAUCAAGGCAUCAAGGAAGGGUUCAUCAAGCUCAUCGUAGCUCUCAAGCCAGUGGAGCACUCCGGUACCCUGCGCGUUGUGGGCGACGUAAUCGAGAAUGGCGACCUCGUUCGGUUCGAGGUCGCGUUCCUGAAGACGUGUAUCCGACUCCUCGCAGAAGCUAGCGUCGGAUUUGACAUGAACGACGAGGUCCUAAUAUCGCUUAAAGACGUUCACCUUGAGCCAAAGGAAGUCGCGCGAGGCGGAAAGAGCGUCAAGUUCUUGCCUAUGACUCUUACCUUUUCCAAAGGCGUUUGUCUCAAGUUCGUCUACAAAAAGGGUUCGAGUCUGCCUGGCAAGCUCCUCGAUCUGUGGGCCGGUUAAUAUGUUCC